UAGGAGCUUCUAGGUUCUCUCUAUGGUCUAUCCAUAACUACUGGGUCCACCUCGUGGCACUUUUGUACCCUUUCACAAUUCUCCCUUUGAUCUUUCUUUGGCCUUUUAGGAAUCCCUAAUUUCCUGCCCCUUUUUCCCCUUUUACUCGAAUCAAUUCUUGUUAUUGUUUUGGUCACUUUAAUGUCUCUUCUUAUCAUUUUCCAACAUAGGCCGACUGUUUUUUGUACUGCUCAAAGUACAUGUCUUUUUUCCCUUGGUGAGUAAUCGCUUGAUAUCGAGGUCAAUAGUUGGUUUUGAUUUCUGGGUUGUUGGGAUUUUGUUUUGGUGGGUUUUGUCUGUUUGCUUGAAAUUUUUGGUGGAUUUCUGUGUUUUCCCAAGUGGGUCAGUUUUAUUUGGCUUGCAGUCCAGGAAAUUUGAGUAAAAGAACUGAUUUUGGGGGUUUGAUCUAUGAAAUUCUACUGUUUAUGCUAGGAAAAAAUUGAUCUUUGAAUUCUUGGGGUUGUGAUUUUUUUAAUUAGAAGGAGUGAUUGAUUGGGAUUAACCUGUAGGAGAAGACUAGGAGAGGAGUAAUUAUUACGAGGAAAAAAGGAAAUGAAGAGAGGGAAAGGUGAAGAGAAAGUGAUGGGGCCAAUGUUCCCAAGGCUUCAUGUAAAUGAUACAGAAAAAGGAGGUCCAAGAGCCCCUCCAAGGAACAAGAUGGCUUUAUAUGAGCAGCUUAGCAUACCUUCUCAGAGAUUCAAUUCAGGGGUUUUGCCUCUUAACCCCAACAAUAACACUGCAAAGUUGCCCCCUCCUUCCUCUAACCAGGGUAGUGGGCACGAAAGAGUUGUAUAUUUCCCUGUUCAACACCCUCCAUCUGGACAUCUAGCUGAUAAACCACCUGGCCACAGUUCCGAUCCCAAUACACUCUUGGAACAAUUUGAGUUAAAUAAGAGAACAGAAGAGGAUGACUUUACAGUCCCCGUCUUUGUUAACUCCAAGCCAGGUCAUGCCAAUGGGAGUCAUAAUCUGGAUAUGGAAAAGCUCUCUCCCUCUGGUCCAGUCUUCUCAGGGCAUCCUAAUAAAGACUUGGAAGGACUUACGAAUUUAAUUCUGAGACAACAGCGCGAUAGCCAGAAUGAGGAGAAUCCCAAAUGUAUUCCAGCUAGUAGAGAGCAUAGAACAACCUCGAACUCUCCAUCCAAGGAAUGCAGAUUUGAUCGUCAGGUUGGUUGUACCAUCAUACCUGAACCUGUUACUGGUGUAAAUGAUGGCGAUUCUUAUCCCAUGAAAGAAUUUGCAUCAGAAGAGCAGAUAAUUACUAAUAAUCUCAUAAAUGGUAUGGAAUCCCAGGAAGACAGGACAUGUAAAUCAAUACAAACAGGAAUUGUGGACCAAGGUGACGACUUAUCUGAGACUUCCAUAGUGGAAUCUAUGUCUGGAACGGACAUCUCUCCUGAUGAUGUUGUGGGAAUAAUUGGCCUAAAGCGUUUCUGGAAAGCCAGAAGAGAAAUUGUCAGCCAGCAAAGAGUGUUUGCCAUUCAAGUGUUUGAGUUGCAUCGACUAAUAAAGGUCCAGAAGCUCAUUGCCGAGUCACCAAAUAGUAUGCUUGAAGAUGCUGGUUAUUUAGGCAAACCAUUAAAGAAUUCCUCUGGUAAAAGACUGCCGUUGGAGUGUAUUAUUAGAGAAUCUCAAAGUGUUCCGAAGCGCAAGAAUGAUUCUGAGAAGCCUAACUUCAGGAUGGAAUGCUCUGCUGAAAACACUGUGGGGAAGGCAUCUCUUUCUUCUGUGCAAAACAGUAGCCAGCUCUCUAGCCACAGACCAUUUUCAGGAAAUCCCCCACCAACGCCUGUGACAAACGAUGCUAACACGAGUCCCUGGUGCUUUCAACAACCUCCGGGGCACCAAUGGUUGAUCCCAGUGAUGUCUCCUUCUGAAGGACUUGUAUACAAGCCAUUUCCUGGACCUGGAUUUACGAGUCCUAUUAAUGGAGGUUGUGGACCUCCAGGGUCGAUGGGGAACUUUUUUCCUCCAGCUAUUGGAGUUCCUGGUCCUCAUCCUCGCUAUCAAGGAAUGGGAGUUCCUUUCGCGCCUCCAACUGGUCACGGCUAUUUUCCUCAUUAUAGCAUGCCAGUUAUGAAUCCACCAAUCUCAUCAUCUACUGUUGAAGAAUCAAACCAAUUUACUUCGCCAGGUUUUCAACGCCAGUUAUCUGGAGGGGUUGAUAACUUUAACAUUCAACAUCAGGACUCAAGUAAUGGUCCGAGUGAGAAGAAUGGAAAUGUUCCAGAUGUUUUAAGGUUUCAGGCCACCAGAGAUAAUGAGCUACAAGCCAGCACUGCAAGCAGUCCAAGUGAGAGAGCGGCAGUGAGUAACGCCACACAAGGAAGAAACAUGCUUUCUCUUUUCCCCACAUCUCCAGCUACGGACAACCCUGAUCAUUCAGCAAGAGUUAUCAAAGUUGUACCUCACAAUCCAAGGUCUGCCACAGAAUCUGCCGCUCGGAUAUUUCAGUCUAUACAAGAAGAGAGAAAACAACAUGACACAGCUUUCACUCGUCUGUAGGUAGCACUUCAUUGUGUUGUGAAUAUGACUAUUUACUCAUCCAAACAAAUGUAGUGGUUUCGGUCAAUUUGUUGUAACCUUUCUGAUAGUAUGUUAUAGCUUGAUUUAAAUUUGGUUACGUUGCCACUAUGUAGAUAAGCAUUCAUACGAAUUUACGUUAUGUUGUUGCCCGGUGAUUGCUUAGUCCAGCUGUUGUAUACUGAAGUCAAUUUUUGUUGUGUAAGUCGUUAUUAUCAGUUGUAAUUUAUCCUCUUGUUAUUCUCUAA